AUGAGCUCUUAUCUUAUUUACAAGUACGGUGUACUUGUGAAACGUCGUGAAAAGAAAUGGAUGGUGGCAAUAAUCGGCGAGAAAACGGAUAACAACAAAAUUGUUCGAAUUCGAAAUGAUUUGUUCGGAUUUCCUGAAUGCCUUGGUGAUAUUGUUAAAAUUGGUGUAGAUUUGGAUGAGGGAGAAGUGAAAAAAGUUGUGAAAUGCAAUGAUGAAUGGGUUCGUGAUGUUGAGAUUCGUGGGGAACUUGCGAUAAUCUAUAUUUUCGUGAAUUUAUGCAGCGAAAAGAUGGAAAGAGUUGUCAGAUCCGAUGAACCGAAUAGUAGAAAAGAAUACUAUAUUUUUGGAAGUGAUGGCGAUAGUGAUUUUCAUCGAGUUGCAAUUGCAAAAAGUGUCGUUGAUCGAACACUGUCCAAUCGCAAUGUGAUGCAAAAAGCGAGAGAAAAAAUUAUUUAUCGAGUUGGCGUGGUUUAUCAGUGAGUUUUUGACUUAAUGAUCAUAACAACUCUGUGAAUUUCGAAGUUGUCAAAGUACGCCACGUUAUAAUUGAAUUUGUUUUUGAAAUCAGAACUUUUCUGAAAAAAAUCCGCCAUAAUUUUCAGACCUCAAACAUACGGCGAAAACGAGUCAUGCUUCUGGAAGCAUGAAGAAGAAACCGAGCUUUUGCCAAUUUUCGAGUGUUUUUCGAGAGAUUCAGUGGUCCCAUUUGUAAAUCCGAUGAUGAUUUAUGGAGUUUUGGAUGGAAUUGUGAUUCGAAGUAGUGCAGAGAUGAAUUUGUUUUGGAGCAGAAAUAUUGGUACAAGAUUUUUGAUGUAUUUAAAAAAAAAGGGUUUUCCAGGUUGCGCCAUUUUGCAAAGGGACUUUUCGAAGGAGUUUUUCAAGCUUGGCGAUGUUUGUGACGUGCUUUAUAAGUAAGUUAUCUUUGGAUGUGUCAAACAUUGUUUGAAACUCUUGAUGUUCAGCCUGAAAAAAGUAUUAAUACCAGAUUUUUGGUGCGAAAUCCAACGAAAUUCAUGAUAUUCAAACUAAAAUGGUUUGAAAAUCGGAAUUUUUGAAUCAUUGUGAAAUACAUUUUCGCCCGAACUUUUCCAAAAACCUUCGAUUUUCCAGACGAUGUAUUCCCGACACCUCCUUCAAUUUUCCAUGCACCUACGAUAUUUUUGGCGCCAUCCUCAACCGCAAUAUCCCGUCAAAUUUCAACAUCUACAAAAAUGUGACACAUGACGAAAUCUACAUUGAAACCACAGCGAAAUGCUGUGUUCUACCCGUCACCAAUCAAUUUUUCUUCGAAUUGCCGAUUUUGGGACGCGUUUUUGAUGGAAUCUCGUCGAUUUGGUGUGAUUAUUUGGAGUCCGGAAAAGUGUAUUCGUUGAGAAUCGCUUUUGAGAUGGUGGAAAAUGGUUGGCGACCGGUUGUGAAAGAUAUUUUGGUGGUAAGAAUUAUGUUUAUUGAAAACGGGGAAAAAGUUUAAUACUUGGAAUUUCUGGAUUUUUAAAACCUACGAGUUGAUUUUUGGGCUAUGAAAACGUGGAUUUUGAGAACAAAGAUUUUUAAAAAAUCCUCAAAACAAUCUCAUUUUUCAGCCAAACUUAAUUUCUCUCAAAUGUCGUAUUGUCUUAUUGGAUGAAUCGCUAGGAAUUUGUUAUGCGAUAAUCGAUCCAGAUGUUCGUAACAAUUUGCCCCAUCUUCACGGAAUUGUCGAUUUUAUCGCAAUUUCGCCACGUGUUUUGUAUUGUUCAGGGGUAAAGCCUGGAAUAUUGCAGGAUUUGGUGGAUUUGAAAAUUCGGUAAGGCGAUUUGGGAUUUUUUCUGUGGCGAAAUCAAAAAUGUUUAUAAUAAAAAACAGUUGUUGAAAAAAACGAUAUUGUGAAAUUCAAUUUCUCCCGCCUGCAAAAAAUUUGUUAAUCUAUGUUUGCAGACCUCCUAACAUGCACCAACAACAACAAAUUUGCGAAGCCGUCAAUAUUUCGCAAAUUACGAAAAACUCAAAAGUGAUGUGUAAUGAUUUGAGAAAAGUGAUGGGAAAAAUAUGGGUGAGUUUAAGUUUUUUUGAUUCCGGUAUUCGUACAAAGAUAAAAAUUUUGCCAUUUUCAAAACGCUUUCCUCCGAAAAAAUCGUGUUUUUUUCAGAUCAGAAGCACUGCUAAAUUCCAUGAUAUUCCAUCAAAUGGCUGUUCUCCAAUCACUCUGAAAUGUCGAAAUUUGCCACAAUUUUUGGUUGAUUCUUUGAUGAUUACGGAAAGAUUUUUGCAAAGAGACACGGUGGCUGUGAAUGCUGAAUGGUGAACAUUUUUUGGGGGAAAUUAGAAAUUUUUUAUUAAAAAAAUGUUGAAAUUGAAAAAAAUGCCCACUUUUUGCAAGAAGAAACAUGUAAAUCUCCCGAUUUUUCUCCCAAAUUUUUACCCAAUUUUUCCAGUGUUCUAAAUCCAUGGAAUCGUCCAUGUUUCUUGAUUCGCCACUGUGCUCAAAAUCUCCAACAACUCGAAAAACUCAUCCCCCAAAAUAUGCAAAAUCUUAUUGAUCCAAAAGAAGCUUUCGAUUUGGUACAUCAAGAAACGUUUCCGAAUUUGCGAACAAUUUUCGAGAAUCGUGAAAAUUUGGAUCUGAAUAGGAGUCAAAAUGUGGAGAGUGAUGAUAAUACAAUAGUUGCAGAUGGAGAAUAUCGAGUGGCUGCAGAAAUUGAUAGAAACAACAUGGAUUUUGAUAGAAUGAGUUUAUGCUCGAGGACGAAUCGCACUUAUUAUUCGGAGGUAUUUUGAAAUGGAAGAUUUUAGGUCAACUUUAAAGUUUAACCUCCUCUUUCAGAAAUAAUCACGAAUAUUUAUUAAAAAUCCAAAAAAAUUUCCAAUUUUUCAGAUCAAAUCCUAUCACACGCAAUCCAUCUACGUUCCCGAAACAAUUUUGGACGAACGCGAAUUUGAAAAACGAAUAUCGGAACUUGAAGAGUUAGAAUUGGAUGAAACUCAACCAUCGACAAGUUCUGCUAGUUUCCCCUCACAAUUUUCAAAUUCGAAUUCAAAUUGGGCGCCGCGAAAUACAUGGAAUUCAAAUCCGAAUUCGUAUGGCCCACAAAGAAGUUUGUUUGGAAACACAGCGUUUCAACAAACUUAUCGACAUUUUCCGAAGAGAAAACUCAAAAUUGGAAUCCGAGAGCCGAUUUCGAAAAAUUUAACAGAUGAGGAAUUCAUUUAUGAUGUGAUUUAUAGAAAUUUGUGAGCGAAUUUUGCUGGGGUGUGGUGGUCCAAAAAUUUGGGAAAAAUUAGCAAAAAGUAAACAUUUUGACCCGAACUUCAUUGGAAAAUUCUGGUUUCUAUUUAAAAUUAGUCCAAAAAUCCCUGAAAACAACAUAUAUGUUCGAUGCAAAAUAAUAUUUCACUUUAUUAUUCAACAAAAUGAAAUGUCUCGAAAAUUCCCCAUUUUUCAGAAAUCAUCGUGAAAUGUACUCUCCCAAUGAUUAUUCUCAUAUUCUUCGACUUUGGAGCAAACGAAUCGCCGGAAGAUUGGAUUUGAUCAAAAGAAAGACGCCUUAUCUAAUUCCAAUCGAAAUGCGAAAUCAUCAAAAAGAUUGGCGCGAAAAUCGAACACCGUUCAAAUUGUUGGUACGAUUUUUUGCGAUAAAUAGUGACGUCGAUGUGAAAUUGAAGAAUGUCUUCAUUCCAGUUGGGUGAGUCUUUUGUUUCUGGGAAAAAUUAGAGGGUUUUGAUGAGAAAUGAGCAAACCCGUGAUUGCUCAUGAAAAAUAUCUAGAAUCUUUGGAAUUUAUUGGAGUAUGUUUGAUCGAAAACUAUCCAAAAACAAUUAAUUGAAAGUCCUCGCGCUGAAUUUUCUACAGUAACCGUAACUUCUUUGAUAUCAAAAUUUCCCCAAUGUUUGCCUCACCAAAGAAUUAUAUUUCAGCGGUCAAUUUGCCGAACUUCCAGACGGUUUCGAAAUGGGAAAAAUGAUGAUUGGACUUCAUUUUUCAUCUUUCAAUGAUGUGAGUUUUAUUUUGGCUGGAAAUUUAAGACUUUCAUUUGUGAUCCUAUAUUCAUAGCUAAUAAAUAAAUAAAAAUUCAAUUUUCAGCCAUUAAUUCGAAUUGGUGGGUAUGGAGAAGAAAUGGGCCAAGUGGGUUUGGCAAUGACAGGUCCCGAAAUGUCGAGAUUCGAAUAUGAAGAAGUUGGAAAUGGAAAAGGAUUGAAGUGGAUUAGGGUGAGAAUUUGUACAAAAAUCGUUGGGUUUUUUGCUCUAAAAAAGGAAAUUGAAAAUCUGGUUUUUUGUCUGUAAGUCUGAAAAUUAUGAUAGAAAAAUGAACUGUCUUAUUUUCAGCUCCAACCAUUCAUUUAUUUCUCAUUUUUCCAGAUAAAAGCCAAACUCACCCGCCCUGCCAUUCAAAUUGUUCCCAGCCAACUUUUCGAACUUUGGACAUCUCAAAGUGUUCAAGGACUUGUGAUUGUUGAAACGAAUGAUUUGGUUUUGGAUGAUUUGGAACCGGAGACAAUGCAGAAUUAUGAAAUGGAAGGAAUUAUUGAACCAUUGCCUGGUGUGAGUUGGGUUUUCGGAUGAAAAAUCAACUAUAAUCCGUAUUUUUCACCCUAAACGUAUCUCCAAUUUUUUUCAGGCUCCUUACUCUAUCAAAUCACUUUUGAACAUCGCCGACGAUUGCUAUUUAGAAAGUAAUGAUUAUAUCAUUUUUUGGCGACUUGUCACCACAUUCCGAGGCUCAAAUUCGAAACCGACUUUUAUUAAAGCGAAUCCGAUUCCUCCUCCUCGAUCUCCCGGAAAACCCAUGAAAUUUGAAUAUACAUAUGGAGAAGUGUUGAUGGAACACCUGAGAACUGUUCAGAAAUUGACACAGGAACGAGUUGAUCGAUUGAGAGCGAAUGGAGAUCCGAGGGUACUGUAUUCUGGGGGAAAGGGAAAUGGCUAGGGCAAUAUUUGGCUAAAAAAUAUGAAAACAGUUGAAUAUAGGAUUGGAUUCAUAAAAUGUUGAAAAUGUCAUUUAAAAUUUGCCUGAAGGCUCUGUUUAAUUUAGUUUAAGGCUGAAAGCCUAAUUUCAAGAAAGGGUCGGAAAUUCAAACAGACUUAAAUUCAAACAGAGCUAAAACCGAAAUCCGUAUUUUGAACAUAAGAAUUUCUCUAAAAGACUGAACUUGAGAAGGCAAAUUUCUAGCAACUAUGGUGCCAAAUUCAACUAAAAAUUUCUUGCAGGUUCGAAUUUUCGAUGGUCCAGAAUUGCCACCCCAAAUGAAGGCCCGAAAAGUCCACGUCGAUAUUCGGAAAGCUCGAAUGAUGGCCGCACUCGAAAGACUGAAAUUGGAUCUGGAUAUGUGUCACGAGGCGGGAAUUUUCGAGACAGUCACCAAGGAACAGGUUGGUUUUUUGAAAUUAAACAGUAACCCGCUCAAAAUGACAACAAAUUCAUUUUCAGAUCCAGAAGUUGUUGGACAAAUUCGAAGAGAUGACCGAUGAUUUUCAUUCACACACAGUUUUGGAGCGCCGUUUUGCAAUUAAAAACGGCACACAAUAUUUGUUGGAUUUGUUGAUGGUCGAUGGAAUGGUGAAAAAGAUGCAAUUCGAACUUGGUGUAAGGUUUUUGGGUUGAUUUUUAAAGGGACACAUUAUAAGGGUGAAAAUGAGAUAUUUUGACUCAGAAUGGUCCGAAAUUGAUGGAAUUUUUCUCGAAAAUCCUCAAUUUUGCCUAUUUUUUCAUCAUUCCUCUUUUUUGCAGGAAAAAAUCAAGGAUUUAUUGCUUGUGUUGGUCGAUUGCAUCGAUUUGAACAAUACGUAUAUCGUCAAAACGGACGAUGUUCAAAGAAUGGUAAGAUUUCAUUUUAGUUUUUGGGCGCAAAAAAAGCAUUCAUUGCUAAUUUCGAAACUUCGUAUUUUUUAUCAGUUUUUUUGUUUGGUAAAAAUUGAAGUUUUCCGCUAAAAUUCCUGACUUUCAACCAAAAAUCUUACUUUUUUGCAGCUCGUUUACUUUGACGAUCAACAUUUGAUUUCGAGCGACGAUUAA